GAGCCAUGCGCUGAUUGGCUGCGGGGGGUUGAAUGUAAGAUGGCGCCCAGGGAGCUGUGAGGGGAAAAGACUCGGGGCCGAGGCGGCGGCGGCGGCGCGAGGCGACGGCGGCAGCGGGGCCGGGAACGUUACAAGUCUAAGAGCUCAGGACAAGAGCAGCAGAAAUACAUGCAACAUGGUGACUGGAACCCUGAGGAACUUGCAAUAUGAAUAAUUCUCUGGAGAACACCAUUUCCUUUGAAGAAUACAUCCGUGUGAAGGCACGAACAAUCCCUCAGCACAGGAUGAAGGAGUUUCUGGACUCCCUUGCUUCCAAGGGGCCGGAAGCUCUGCAGGAGUUUCAGCAGACAGCCACCACCACGAUGGUGUAUCAGCAGGGUGGCAACUGCAUUUACACGGACAGCACAGAGGUGGCUGGGUCUUUGCUUGAACUUGCUUGUCCCGUGACAACCAGUGUCCAGCAGCAAACUCAGCCAGAGCAGCAGAUACAGGUUCAGCAACCCCAGCAAGUCCAGGUUCAGGUCCAGGUCCAGCAGUCCCCACAGCAGGUGUCCGCCCAGCAGCUCUCUCCACAGCUCACGGUCCAUCAGGCUUCAGAGCAACCGAUACAAGUCCAAGUGCAGAUCCAAGGCCAGGCGCAGCAGCAGGCGUCCCAGACAAUACAGAGUCAAUCUCUGCAGAGCCCCAGCCCGUCGCAGCUGCAGGCAGCUCAGAUCCAAGUGCAGCAUGUGCAGACUGCCCAGCAGAUCCAGGCUGCAGAAAUCCAGGAGGAACACAUACAACACCAGCAGAUCCAGGCCCAGCUUGUGGCAGGACAGGCCAUUACUGGUGGCCAGCAGAUACAGAUCCAAACAGUUGGGGCACUGUCACCUCCCCCUUGUCAACAGGGCUCUCCGCGAGAGGGAGAGCGGCGUAUCAGCACUGCUAGUGUCCUUCAGCCAGUGAAGAAACGCAAAGUGGAUAUGCCUAUUACUGUAUCGUAUGCUAUUUCAGGGCAGCCAGUUGCCACAGUACUGGCCAUUCCUCAGGGCCAGCAGCAAAGUUAUGUCUCUUUGAGGCCAGACUUAUUAACAGUGGACAGUGCCCACCUGUACAGUGCCACUGGGACCAUUACUAGCCCCACUGGAGAGACCUGGACCAUCCCUGUUUACUCUGCUCAGCCACGUGGUGACCUUCAGCAGCAAAACAUAACCCACAUCGCCAUCCCACAGGAGGCCUACAAUGCCGUCCACGUCAGUGGCUCGCCAACGACGCUGGCUACUGUGAAGCUGGAAGACGACAAGGAUAAGAUGGUGGGAAGUACUUCAGUAGUGAAGAACUCUCAUGAGGAAGUGGUGCAGACUCUUGCUAAUUCGCUCUUUCCAGCGCAGUUCAUGAAUGGCAACAUCCACAUUCCAGUGGCGGUGCAGGCUGUGGCAGGGACGUACCAGAACACUGCGCAGACGGUGCACAUAUGGGACCCGCAGCAGCAGCAGCAACAGCCCACACCCCAAGAGCAGGGGCAGCAGCAGCAGCAGCUACAAGUCACUUGCUCAGCUCAAACUGUUCAGGUUGCUGAAGUUGAACCACAGCCACAGACUUCACCUGAACUUCUACUUCCAAACUCUCUGAAGCCAGAAGAGGGACUUGAAGUGUGGAAAAGCUGGGCACAGACCAAGAAUGCAGAGCUGGAAAAAGAAGCCCAAAAUAGGCUAGCACCCAUUGGAAGGCGUCAGCUGCUGAGGUUCCAGGAAGAUCUCAUCUCUUCAGCAGUGGCUGAGCUGAAUUAUGGUCUGUGCUUAAUGACACGAGAAGCUCGAAAUGGUGAUGGUGAACCCUAUGAUCCAGAUGUGCUCUACUAUAUCUUCUUGUGUAUUCAGAAGUAUCUCUUUGAAAAUGGCCGAGUAGAUGACAUCUUCUCAGAUCUCUACUAUAUUCGGUUCACCGAAUGGCUGCAUGAAGUUCUCAAGGACGUACAGCCCCGCGUUUCCCCUCUUGGUUAUGUCCUCUCCAGUCAUGUAACAGAAGAGAUGCUGUGGGAGUGUAAGCAGUUAGGAGCUCACUCCCCUUCCACCUUGCUCACUACACUGAUGUUUUUUAAUACAAAAUACUUCCUGUUGAAAACAGUAGACCAGCACAUGAAACUGGCCUUCUCCAAGGUGUUGAGGCAGACCAAGAAGAACCCUUCUAAUCCCAAGGAUAAAAGCACGAGUAUCCGCUAUUUGAAGGCUUCUGGCGUUCACCAGACAGGACAGAAAGUUACAGAUGACAUGUAUGCAGAGCAGACUGAGAACCCAGAGAACCCCCUGAGGUGUCCGAUAAAGCUGUAUGACUUCUACCUCUUCAAAUGCCCCCAGAGUGUGAAAGGCCGGAAUGACACGUUUUACUUGACCCCGGAGCCGGUGGUGGCCCCCAACAGCCCUAUCUGGUAUUCCAUCCAGCCGAUCAGCAGAGAGCAGAUGGAGCAGAUGCUCACCCGGAUCCUGGUGAUACGAGAGAUUCAGGAAGCUCUUGCCGUGGCUAACGCCAGCUCCAUGCACUAAGGCAUCCUCCUUGGCUCAGAAGGGGUGGGGCGGGGUGACAGGGGAGGGACAAGCAAAGAUAAAUUGUACAGACUUUUACACUAAAGGAUAUGCCUAAGUUUUUGGUUUUUUUAUUGGUGUAGUUAUGAAGCCCUUUUAGGCUUCUUCUCUUUAAAAGAAUCUAAAGGAAAAACCUACCCAUUGUGUAUCCUACCCAACACACCAAACUGUUGGAACCAUUGGAGGCUGCAUAUCCCCUGCAAGCUGGGAGCUGUGGAAAGCUGCUGGUUGACUCUGGCUUUUUUUUAUGAUGUAGAAAACAUGAACUACAGGAUUGGCCUGGAUGGCUGGGGCCUCUGUCUCCUUGGAGAACGUGCAGCCUAGAGGGCACAGGAUGAUGGAUGGACCUGCUCAGCCAGUGGAGGAGAGGCAGGCAUCUUCUUUUCUUGUGCUUGGACAUUAAUUUGCUGUUAUCUUGGAAGGAAGAGGAGAGAGUGAACUGCAAUUGUGAUUUAUACAAAAAAAAAAAAAAAAAGACAAACACCACAAGCCAACAAUUUCUAUUCAGACCUUUAAGUGACAUUUUUAGAUGUUAAAAGUACAAACUUUACCACACUCUUCUUUUUUGGCCUAACAUUGAGGCCUUACACCUUGAGGCUCCUGUGCCUGAUGGAAUUCUUGUAACAUACACUUGUGUAUCAUAUAAAGGUACCACCCUGUUUCUCUUAUGUAUUCUUACUCUAGUUGUUUAUUAAGAAUGACGAGCACGUCUUUUCAACAUGCCAUUGAACAAUGUGUCUUUAUUUGGGGAAGAGUGAGCUGUGAGGGUGGGGGGGGUCAUUAUACAAAGAUCAGUAUGCAAACUGGUUGUUUUCAUCCCUGUUUGUGCUUUCCAGCUCUGCUCUGCUGGACUUCUUUCACCCUUACAAAUUAGGAAGGUAGAAGGGGAUUAACUUCUGUUGAAGGACCUGACUGUCUGCUUGCUGAUGGAAGCUCGGUCUCAGGCGAGGAACAUGGGAUCUGUGAGACCAGAUCAGACUGUCCUGACGUUCUGUGGCCAGCCCAUGAGGCUUCACCCCCAGGCAAAUCCCCCUCUCCCCACCUUUACAAACGCAUCACACCAACCGCAGGAUGAAGGGGUGUCAGAGGGAAAAGGCCUUCCAGGAGCAGUACAUGGCUUACUCCUGUCACUUAACAGCCUUUUCACAGUUUUAAACACAGCUGUGUAGCUUCUGACAUCGUUCAUGAUCAUAAACCCCAGCCCAGUAGCCUUGCCUUGCUGCAUCUUAAAUGGUUGCUGUAUUUUAUAUCAUUAACGAAUAGUCUGCUCUUUUGAAGCCAGCGGGUAACCAACUGUGCUUGAAAUGGGAGAUCACUCUAGCCAGGCUUGUUAUUUGUGCCACCAGCUUCUUGGAUGUGGAGAGAUGACUCUGCUUCUUGAACUUGUCUUCCCUGCUUCUCCAUGUCACGCCCCUUCCCUGUUCCAAAAUAUAGAGGUAUAUAUAUUCAACCAUAUAUUACAGUAAAAGAGCUUAAACUUGUGUACAGGCGAGAAAUUUUUCUGAAGCUUCUGUUGACCAGCACCUGUCUGUAGUGAGAAGGAAGGUCUGCCCUCUCUGUUGGUUGUGCGCAGUGUAAAUGAUGAAUAGCUAUAAUGUUUUCCACCUUCGUGCUCCUGAGCAGUGUUGAGGUGCGUGGGCCUCUGAUAAUUCAUAUCGAUGUUGGUGUUCAGGAGAAGGCAGCUGUGCUUGAGCUGGGUGUUAAUAUGAGCAGUUUGUUCCCUGCAUAGGACUCUGUGCUCGGAUAACUGCAGAGAGAUGGAGUAGCAAUGUGCUGUUUGCUAAUACCUGUACUCUAAAGUUGAUUCUUAGCUCAGUGUCUGCCCUCAGAGUUAUGCCAGGGAAAAAACAGCCUGGAGUUGGUGCCCAGAUCCCGGGGUAAGUUCAGAGGACAGUGCCUGGUGAUGUGUAGCGCUGGUGACAUGUUUCCUCAGGCAAGUUCAGCUGUUGGAAGGAAGCCUAUAGUCCCUUUACCAUAUAUUAGUGACUGGAAUGUCAGUGUCUGGCCCUAAUUUAAGGAUGUGUUUGGGGCAAGCUCCUGCUGUUUCAAGCAGCUGGGUGCGCUUGUUGCUCAGGGUGCACAACAGGCCUGCACAGAGUAGAUUUCCUGUUCUCUUGGGUAGUUUGCAAAGAUGCGAGAGAAACUGCAGACACCUGUGUGCUCUGCAGUGCUGUGUGGGAAGCUGGCUCCAGCAUCGCCUCAGCAUGAGCUGGCUGCUUUGCCUGUCCCCCUUGGAAGUGCAGCGGGUGUUGAAGUCAUCUGCCAGAUACCCAGUGUACAAGUCUCUUCAACUGGUGGCUUGGGGAGUCACCCCGUACUGCAAAAAUUGACAGAAGCUGGAAUAACAUGACAGAAUAUUAGGGCAGUGCCAGGUUAGGGAUGUGCAGAUGCUUCAGCCGAGCUUUCUCGGAAAACAGAAUUCCAUGUUACCUUAAAAUUCUAGAUUGCACACUUUCCUUACAACCCUUAACCGCAAGAUGGUAUAAAAUCUUUGUAGGGGAAAGAGUUCUUGACCUUGGAGUACAGAGCUUCAGAGUGGGGGAACCUGGCACAUGGUGAACUGUGGAGAUCUCCUCAUGAUUGAUUUUUGUCCCGACAGACUGAAGCGUUUCCAUUAUUUUCUCAUUGUUUGGAUGUGCACAGGAGAGGGAUUUGCUGACACAGAAGUGGACGGCCCUACCGUUCUGUACUGUCUCAUCAGAAUGUCCACUGUGUUAACUUCAUUCCCUGUUUUUAGAGACAAUCGAUAUACUGUGACUUAAGGAUUAUUUUUCUGGACCUGGCUUCUAGUCUGGCUCUCUGGAGCUAGUUUAAAAGGUACAGUAUUUCUAGGGUAUAAAUACUAUGUUCUUUGAUAGUGAAGAACACGAUCUGCUCCCUUUUAGGGGCUCAUAGGAAGGCAUGCACAGAAGAGUGCUAUGGCUUAGGGUUGCUAUCCAAGUUCUGGGAAAUGUUCCUAGUCAAACAUGUAAAAUAGCUUUUUAACACUUUCCUAUAACCAGCUUGACUGCUGCUUAAAGGGCAUUUCCUUCGGCUCCGAGAGUGCCAAACCGCUAGCUCUUGUACCUGUGUAUAUAUUAAAGGAGAAAUGUCCAUGCCCUAUGCCAUGUAUGAGACAGGCUGAAAUUGCAUUGAUCUCUAAAUAAAUAAAGCUGAGAACAGGCAAGCUAGAGACCCUGCGUUGUUGGUUUCAAACUAUGCCCAUCUUGUCUCUGUGGUAUGAAAGGAACCACAGAAAGCAGAGCAUGACUGACAAUGGUAAAGCCCCUCACAUUCUGACGUGACACUCGUGUACUGUCUCUUGACACUAACAGCAUUGCUUCCUUAAGGAAUCUUGUAGCCUCUCACACACUUGUCUGCAUAACCAUUAGAUUUCCAUUUACUUUCAAGAGUUCAAGCAUUUCUUGUAAGUGGUGCUGGCUGGAGCAGCCCAGAGAGCGGCUCUUCACUCCUGUCUAGAGUGGUGAGUAAAGGGAACAGUCUAAGUAACUUAGCAGGGCUCUCAUCUGUCAGGUGCUUCACCCCUGGAGAUCUGGGUUUUAGAUGGGAGACAAGGUCUGAAGUAGUUCCUGAACUGUUCUGCCUUGGAGCAAUGAAAAGAGACUUAAUCUGAUCCCUAAAUAAGAAUCUUCUUCUGCACCAUUGAUCCUUGGGCAGAAAUUAAGCCAGUCUGGUUCUUGGCUGCACCGGGGCUGCUCUCUGCCUUGGUGUACGCAGAAUGGCUUGGGCCAUCUUCAGCCUCCCGUGCUGCUGUAAGAACAGAUGCAAAAGCGGUAGAAAAGAGCUGACGUUCUCAUUGCUCAUCCUCUUGCUGGUCGCUGACUGACUCUGCACAGUCCAACUAAACUGCGUUCUCAUCCAAGUUUAAUAGUGACUUACUUGCAAUUAGUGUUUGGACUUGUAAAUCACUGUUAAAGUGGGAUAUAAACUGUCUUCCACCAUAGAUGGGGCUUUUCUCCCAAUCUUCUUGCUGGGGCUGCUCCUCCCAAGUACUACAGAGACUGUACCUUAUCCUGAUGUUUCAGCCUGUUCCAUUUCACUGGUGCCAAUGCAUAGGAAAGAGCUCUUGUCUGCUUGAGCAUCUUCCUACCUUAGGGAGCAUCUCAAAUCUUCUUCCAGAAGUCUCACUGACCUGCUGCCCCACAAUCUCUGGGGUGAUUGCUGUGACCCCUACUUCUCAGUUCCCUUCAUUGUGCAGCUGCAGCUCAGCUCUCAGCGCUGUGGUCGCUUUCCCUAUGUAACCUUGUGCAUGGCAGCUGUGUUUGCCGGCUUCUCUGUUCUUGUUUGAGUUCACCAGAAUGGGGAGGCAGAUCGAACUCACUCACAGCAGCAAUAAACCGCACCUAGAACUUGAGAGGGAACUGCAGGAGAGAACAAGGUGGAGGGGAUGUCUUGGAAAGGCAGGGUCCUGUUGCAGCCCAGAGCCUCGCUUGAUCAUGAGUGUGCAGCCUAUAUGCAAAAUACGUCUUGUCUGUCCCUCCCGUGUUGACCCUGGUCUAAACAGCACAUGUGAUUGGCAUCCUGCAAAGUGACCUUCAGAACUCUCCAGUAGCUUUGCCCCGUGAGUAACUCACACUACAAAUCAUUUUAAAGAGAUGCACUCAACUAUUUUUUUAAUUUAAUUUUACUCUUAUAUUCUCUGCUCUUUGUAAUCUGCUUGGAAAUAAAAUGUUUUUCCCUGCA